AUGGCAUUCAAGCCAUCUUCUGCCCCCCAUUCGACUGGCGCGUCGGGCACCUCGUCGCUGCAUUCAGUUGGUGAUCCAGAUUACGACCAUUUCCUGGAGAAGACCAAGCUGUCUCAUUCGUCCAAUGAAGUCCUGACUACGCGCUCGCCUGCCGGCCUUCACAUCAGCCCUACGCCCACCCCUCCCACCAGCGCUCGCCGCGACCGCGGCAACCCCAUCUCCACAUCCUCUUCAAAAUCGAAAGGCCAAGCCUCCACAUCAGCCACCGCCACCAGCCGCGACAACGAAGUUCUCAAGUACAGCGAGUUCCUGCCCAAGCUGGUGCAGGAGCGGCAGCGGCUGGAGACCGAGCUCAAGCUGCUCGCCACCCAGCACCGCGCCAUCAAAAAGCGACGGCGCACCCUGCAGCGGCUGACCAAAGAGCGAGUGCUCAAGAUCCAGCCGCCGCCGCCACCGCAGCAAGCGCCGGUCAGACCCUCCGCGUGGGCGGAGCAUUCCUCGCCGAAGAGCGGCACCAAGCGGCAGGUGAAGAUCAUGGCGCCGCGCGAGACACACGGCGUGUUCGCCAUGCUGGGCCUGAGCACGGCCAGCCUCGGCACCAAGGACCGGGAGCGGGACCGAGAGCGGGAGCGGGCCAACACGACGAUCAGCAGCAGCUCGACCGUCAAGAAGGAGCGGCGCAGCAACACCACCACCAACGUCGUCCACGUCAACACCGGUGAGAUGAUGAACGCGACCUCGUCCACCAUGACCACCACCGCGCAGCAGCAGACCAGCUUCUCCGCGUCGGCCACGCCCACCAAGGUCGCCGGCAGCAUGGCGAGCGGCUUCGCUCGGAACAUGGUGGCCGGCCAGUUCGCAUCGAGCCCCGGUGGCCUCAACCGGGCCUCGGGUCCGCUGGCCACCAAGGCCGGCCACGGCCACCUCCAGGGCUCGCCGCGCCAGGCCCUCACCAACAGCUCGGCCGUGGCCACGUCGGGGCCGGCGGAGGAGGACGACGGCGAGGGCCGGCGCUUCUUCGGCACCAGCAAGUACCGCAAGUACGAGAUGGACGUCAUGAAGGAUGACGGCUUCGCCGACCUAUUCUCCAAAUUCCAGGCCAGCGGGAUCGGGCACGGCGAAGACGACGACGAAGAGAGCGAAGACAAGCGGGCCGCCGCCGCCGAUGCCGGCGUGGCGGCCGCGGCGCAGUCGGACGCGGCUGAGGGCGGCGCUGUCGAGGACCUCAAGGCGACUGCGGCGGCGGCGGCCACCACUGUCGACAGUGGCGCAGACAGCGGCGAAAAGGCGGCGGUCGAGGUGUCCACAGCGGCGAAGGCCUCGAAAGAGGAGGAGAGCGGCGGAGGGGGCAGCAGCGGCGAGGAGAAGGAGAAGGGGGGCGACAGCAGCGACCGAGAGCGGAAGGUCGCCGUCGCCGUCGGCGUCGAGGUCGGCAGCGGCGAGGAGGAGACCGAAGCGGAGGAGCCGGCCAAGCGGGCCGCCAAGCGGGCCUCCAAGCGGGCCAGCUCGCUCCUGGGCUCGUUCAUCGAGAUGAAGCGGGACUACCAGAAGAUGCUGAACGAGUUUGAGGAGAAGCAAAAGGACAACUCCAUCGACGCCAACGAUAAGAUCGCCGAGCUGCAGGCGAUUCUGAAGCAGCUGCGGAGGGAGCAGGCCGCGCUCCGGGCGCGGGUGCAGACUUCGCAGGACGACGCGCAACUGCUGGAGUCGUUCAGCGUGGGCGUGUCCCUGUUCGACAAGAAGAAGGAGGACGAGGCCUCGUCCAAGUUCGGCGAGACCAGGAACCGCCGCAAGUCCCGGGAGAACGCCGCCGACAAGAAGAAGAAGGAGAAGAAGGAAAGCGAAGACGAAGCCGACGACGACAACGAGAACGACAACGACGAAAAGAAGCAAAAGAAAAAGAAGAAAAAGAAGAAGGAAAAGGCGAACGACGGCGAUGGCGGCGAUGAAGUCGACGCGGCCGUGCGGGCCAAGCAGGCCAACGCGCUGGCCGAGUACGGCGCCGACAGCGCGGCCUUCGCGACCACCGUGCGGAGCAGCGCAGUGGCCGAGUACGGCGCCGCCGCCUCGACCACCACCAGCGAGUCGUCCCUGGGCUUCACCGUGGUCGCCGCGGCCUGCGGCGGCAGCAGCGCGACGGCCGAGUACGGCGCCGCCGGAGCGACCAGCACGGCCGAGUACGGCGGCAGCGCGGUGGCCGAAUACGGCGCGGCCGCCGCAGGCGACGACGGCGACAGCAACAACGGCGACGAGUGGGACGAGAAUAAGAAGAAGGGCAAGGACAAGCGAAGGAAGCGCGUCGGCAGCCGCAACAAGAGCAAUAAGAGCAGUGGCGGCGGCGCCGGCGAGGGCGCCGGUAAGGAGGACGCCAACAACGAGGAGGACUCCAACGGCGCCAGCGCCAGCAGCAGCACGACGGCGAGCACCGAGGCCGCCAAGGCCCGCAAGAGGAAGAAGAAGCGCCUGGCCAAGCGCGCCUCGGUGUACGUCAUCACCAUCGCCACCAUCGCCUCUCGGCCCCGACGUCGCGUCGACUUACGGGAGAUUCUGCUAAAGGCGUACCACGAGAUCGCCUACGAGGAGCUCCAGUUUGACCCGAAGCCGCUCGGCAACGGUGCCUUUGGCGUCGUCUACAAGGCCCUCUGGCGAGGGACGCCGGUGGCGGUGAAGAAGCUGAUGGUGAUGCAGUUCACCGAUGCCGAAGUGUACAACUUCAAGCGGGAGGCCUCCAUCAUGGAGAAGUACAGCAACCACCCGUGCAUCGUGAAAUUUUGUGGCAUCUCCACCAAGUUCCCCCAUUAUUUUACGGAGUACAUGGAGCGAGGCUGCGUACGGGACGCGCUCGCAGAUAACCCCGAUUUGCCGUGGAAGACGAUCGUGGGGAUGGCCUUGGACGCGGCCGCCGGCAUUCUCCACCUCCACGCCGAACACAUCAUCCACAGGGACCUGGCGCUGCGGAACAUGCUGGUCGGGCGGGACUGGCGGGUGCGGAUGGCCGACUUUGGGCUGGCGCGGAUGAUGCCCAAGGACACCUACGCCAAGACGCGGGGCAACAUCGGCGCCGUCCGGUGGCUCGCGCCCGAGGUCAUCUCCAAAUCAGUGUACAGCGAAAAGAGCGACUCCUACGCCUUUGGCAUCGUGAUGUGGGAGCUGUUGACGCGCGGCGAGGAGCCGUUUGCGGACAUGACGAACGUGAUGGAGGUGGCGCUGGGGAUCAUCAACGAAGGCCUCAGGCCGACGGUGCCGCGGGAGACGCCGGCCGAGUACGCGCAGCUCAUGUCCGACUGCUGGGCCAAGAACGCCGACGACCGGCCCGACUUUGUUCAGAUCCACCGACGCCUCAAGGCCUACCACGCCACCCUCCCCUAA